AUGGUUGAGUUCGGGUUAGCAAGUCGAGAGAUGCUGCUGGGGCUGUUCCGAUACGUCUAUCUGCCCUUGUCUAGCAAGACCGAGAGAGUAGGAGACAAGAACGAAGGAGUCGUCAACAACCAAGACGCUCAGGAUACCCAGAAGCAUAUUCAGGAGCUGGCAGCGAUGUUCGCUGAUCGUGUGCCUGCGAUGAAAUAUAGCCCGGCUCAGAUCUUGUCAUUUCUGAUUGCGCACAGGCAUUCGCCUCGAGACGCAGUGGAAAAUGUCAUCUCCUGGGUUGAAAAGGGGGGGGAAGGUUUCAUUCCUCUGAGGCGCCACACUUCUACAAUGAACACGAAGAGUGAGGAGGCAGUGGACGUGUUCGUGAGCAUGGAUGAUCUCCAGUCGUGGUCAGCAUUUUAG